AUGGCCUUGGUCGCUCCCGUUGACAGAGUCGGUUUCUCCUACGCAGGAGACUCGCUCUUUCGUGAGGCAAGUAACCUCAACCGCCACCGUCGGGCGACAAUCCCAGAGCUCAAGGCACACUUCGCGGGCAAGGACACUGAGAACCGGCCUGGUCACUGGUACAAGGCUCAACUCCUCCACUAUGGCUUGCCUCCCAGCAAGGUCAAGGGCACAGCUCACAAACGCCGGCGGCCUCACAGUGCCAGCCCACAAAUCCAGAAAAUCGAGGCCGACCUAAAGAAGGAGUGGAACAAGAGAGAUCGGGAGGCAAAGAAGGUCCUCAAGGCGUCUGAGGGCAAGGGCACCAAGCGCAAGACUGACCAGGUCUCUACCAAUGUCAACGUCAACGUCUCUGUCCAGCUCUCCAGCACUGGGGCAGUCCAGGUCCAGGCCUCUACGCCGCCAACGAAGCGACCAAAGGUUGAAAAAUCAGGUUCGGCGGCAACGUUCACCUCAAAGAAGACGGCUACUGCUGCUGCUCCCACAGUCAAGGCUAAGAAGGUACCUGCCACCAAAGCUGAGAAGGUCAACCCCGUUCCAAAGCCAGUAAAGGCUACAGACAAGAAACCGGCGGCAAAGAAAUCAGCCCAGCAACCUCGCCCGCCCAGACCAAGCACUGCCCAGGCGUCUGCAUACACAAUCGGAGGCCCGAGUGGAGGCUACGACGACGCUCCCCCUCCUUACUUUGAGGCUGACCCCGGCUAUGGCCUUGCAUACCAGUCCAGCCCUCGUCGGGGUCUCGGUUUGCUCAACGGAAGAUACGAGGUUGACUGCCCACACAUGGAAGGUAAUUUCCCCGACUUCAGGGACGACUUUGGCCUUAUCGCGACUCUAGACGGCAGCAAGCUCCGGUUGAAAUUUGACUUGGGCCCACUCGUCGAGAUCAUGAAGGUGGACCGACCGUAUGAGGCAGAUGUGGAUGACGAAGGAACCGUGCUGCUCUGGCAUGGUGAGUCCACCAUCGAGCAACAGGACAUCAACAUGGACACCUUUUCGCGUGCUGGCGAUGCGAACAGGCUACAUUUCUUGGGUGGUGGACAUAUUCGGGGCACCAUUGCGUAUGGUUGGCACGAGAUCGAGUUCGAUGCUUACCGAACUCCUGGUCAGUCAAUGACCUCCGAGAUCAGUCCCAGUCAAGCACGAGCCGAGUGGUCAAGACGGGGCUAG